AUGCCGCGAUUAGGCUUGAUGCGCCAGGUGCGCCGGUACCUGAGCUUGAACUUGCUGCUGGUGUGCGCGCCGCUGGGCUUCGUCGCCUCGGCCUACUCGUGGAGUCCCGUGGCCGUCUUCCUGUACAACUUCCUCGCCAUCAUCCCGCUGUCGGGGCUCAUCUCGGAUGCGUCAGACACGCUCAGCGAGCGCUGGGGAGGCUUGCUCGGCGGGCUGGUGAAUGCGUCGCUAGGGAACACGGUUGAGCUAAUUGUCGGCCUGCUUGCCAUUACGCAAAACAACGUCGGCGCGGCGCAGUCGGUCAUGAUGGGCAGCAUCCUCAACGACAUUCUGCUGGUGCAGGGGAUUUGCAUCAUUGUCGGCGCGCGCUCCAAGGGCGUCAUCGUCGUCAACUCGGCGCUCGUCGACUCGCUGUCGUCGCUGAUGCUCGUGGCGUCCAUGGCCAUGGUGCUGCCCACCGCGCUGUACGCCGCCAUCCCCCGCUCCUCCAACGGCAAGGGCUCCGACAUGAAGCAGCGCAUCGUGUCUUUUAGCCGCGCGACCAGCAUCGUCCUGCUGCUCAUCUACGUCGCCUACCUGUAUUUCCAGCACAAGACACACCGCUCCCUCUUUGACGAUCAGGAUGAUGGUGAGGAGGGCGACGACUCCGCCGCCGAGAGCGACCACAGCGAUGACCUUAUCCCCGCUUCGCAGCAGACGGCUGCGCGAGACUGCGAAAGCGGCGCGGACCCGGAAUUCACCCCGUCCAUGCAGGACAUUUCCAUUGUCCUCAUAACGCUGACCCUCAGCUGCCUCGUCAUUGGCAAGUGCACACAUAACAUUAUGCUGCGGCUCGACGAUAUUGUCAAGGCAUUCCGCGUCAGCCAGACGUUCAUCGCCCUCGUCAUUAUACCGUUGGCAAGCAAUGCCCCUGAGCUGAUGCAGGUGCUGGCGGCUGCCAGAAGGCAAAAGAUUGACUUUGCCAUUGCUGUCAUUGUGGGCAGCAUUCUGCAAAUCGCGCUCUUUGUCCUGCCUGCCCUUGUCAUCAUUGGCUGGGUCAUCGGCCGCAAGAUGGACCUCUACUUUGAAAUGUCGCAGACUUGUGUAUUGCUCUUCGCCAUUGUGCUGGUGAACCAGGUUCUACAAGAUCGGCAGUACACGUACCUCCACGGCAUGAUGUUUCUUUGCGUAUAUGCAAUCAUUGCGACUGCUUAUUUUGUCGAGCCAUUUCAUUAG